AUGAACGAGAGCGGCACUACGAGUACUCUCAAAGACCACUUCCGUUCCUCCAAACGGGGGAGUGGAUACGUACGUGCAAUGAGCAAAAAGUCUGAGGUCACAUCUGUCAAGGAUCCGGAAUCACUGCAGCAAAAUACUAAAAAACGCAGGAACACUCGUCCAGAUUCCAGUCCCACAAAGAGUCAGAAUAAAAAACCUAAGCUCGAGACUGAUAAAGACAAAAAUGACGCCACAGCCAAGUCGUUUCAUCGUUCUGCCGAGUUCUUAAGAUUGCCUUCAAGUUAUGAAGUAUUAGAGAAAAUAUUCCAAUCUUUAGAAACUGUAAUGAUAUUUGUGAAGGCAAAAAAUGAGAUUUGUGUUUUCCAUAAAAUCAGAAAAAGUGUUGAAGGACUUUGUGGAAGGACAUUUGAUUUGACUCGGCUGGCGCAAAUAAUAUCAGUUUAUCCCGAAGCUUAUACGUACAAACCCAUCCGGCAUUUUCAUCAGGACAAAUCUGUACUCUCGUAUGUUAUCGACUUCAACACUACGUCUGAAUCUGCAUCAAAGGCCUCGUCAUCUGUGUUUACGGUCAACACGCAAGAGAGGAAGAAAGUCUUUCGGAAUCGAUUGGUUGAAUUGGUGAAGGAAUUUUUGAAGAGGCAAAACAUCAAAGAAGAGGCAAUUCGUCUAUGGCAUCCGAAAUUUGUUCUUAACAGCGUUCCGGAAAUUGUGCCCGCAAGGUUGCCGCAGAUUGAUAUUACGACCAAGAAUCUCACCAAUGCUACCAAACAAACUAGUUCAAUCAUCGCCAAACAUAGUAUUACACCUGUAAUAAAUAAGAGUACUCUUCCAUCCAUCCCUUCUAAACCAAGUGGAGACAUUAAAGCCAGAGAGAAGGCUAUAUUGGACCGAAUACGUGAAAAAGAGAGACAAGCAGCUCAGAGGAAGGAUGUGACAACUUCGCCUAUAGACAAAAAGAGGAGGUUGAUGCUGAGUCGUUUACCUGACAUGAUUUACACAAUAUCAUAUCCAUUUACAUCAUCUGAUAAAGAUGUAAUUGUGUUGCAUAAAGUAGCUGAAAUAGUCUCAGACAGCUACAGUAGAAAACUCAUUAUCUCCCAAGCUGAGGCUGAAGAUCACAUAAGAUUGGUCAGCACCUGUCUCCCUGACUGGUGUACAGUAUUUCCAGUACAAAACAGGGGCACUUUUGUGAAAAUAAAGAGAUCAAUCCCCAUGAAAGAAGUGAAAAGUAAAUUGGUAGAAUAUCUUAAGAAAGAAGGUGUUAACGUAUAG